UACGGCUAAAAAAAAUAUUGUUACGAACAAUAAUAUUAAUUUUGAGUUGUUACUGUGAAAAUUAAUGCAUUUGACGUUCAUCGAAUUAUAUUAGAUUAUACAUAGAAGAUAUACCAGUUGAUGCAAUACCAAAAAAUACGGAUCUGCAAACGAAAGAAUGCACCACAAAACGACGAAAAUGUCCAGCUGUAAAAUUAUUUUAUUCCCUUUACUAACUUGUCAAUUAGAAUAGAAAUAUUUUUUUAAAAGAAUACUCGUUAUCAGUCUGUAGACAUUUGGAUCGCCGAUGUCGAAGUUUGGUUGCAAUACAUGAUGGAUGAGGAGGAUAAAACGUGCGUCAAUUUUAAUGUUGAAUUUACAUUUAGAGAUUUGAAGCUCUCAUAUAUCUAUUAGCCUUGCAUUAUCAUUUAUUAUAUUGCAAGCAAUUUAUUUACAUUAAUUAUUAAUUCCUACUUCUCACACGAGAGUGAGAAAGUCUAUAAUCAUCAUUCUUUCAUUAUUUAUUUUAACAUAAACAAAGGAAGAUUAUUUACAAUUACCAAGGUCCAGUAUCUAUUUACAAUCGUAUUUUAAUUGAUCAGUGAUCGAACAACAGAAGAAAUAUUGAAACAUAUCUUGGAUAUGCCAUCAGAUAUCAAAUAUCCCCGAUCAAAUUACGAAGAAGAAGAAGACAAAGAAGAAAUGAUAGGGGAAUUAUUAGAAGAAGAAUUUGAAGAAGGAACAUCAACGUGUCAGUUAGAAGCAGAUGAAUUAUUUUAUCACCACGAUUUAGUAAACCUAAACCAAUUCGACCUACUGUGGCAAGAGCAUAUAAUAAGCAUGGGUAUCAUUAGACCCACGAGGCUUGUAAUUUUAAGAUAGUUUAUGUUACUUAAAAAGCUUAAUAUUUCUUAUUAAGAUUAUUACGCGUGACAGGAUUCUAUACAUCGGUGUCAAGGAAACUUAUGUUUUAAUAUUAAAAAAUCUCGCUGAUGACUCAUUGAAUUAUUCGUGGGGUGAAGUUAAUGGUUUAGAUUCGUCAAAGAUGAAACUUUGCGUGUGUCCUGAAAAAGGAGAAGUAUCAGCUAGAGGCACUAAAAAAAUUGAAAUAACUAUCACACCAGUUUCAGAGGGGAUCGUGCAAUCUUUAUUUAUACCAUGUUUCGUGGGAGAUUCACGGAAGAUGAUAAUGCUGGGCAUCGAAUGUUUCAUCGAAUCACUUUAUGUUAUAUUUUAUUUUCCACUAAACGACGAUACGCCACUGUUAAUGAAUAAUUUUGUUAAAGUAAAGUGGCAGGCAGAUAGUCUCAAACUUGCUUUGGAUAUGGCGGGAAAAUCUAGACAGCACAUGAAAUUAUUAGACAAGUACAAAAAGCGAGAGGAACGAGAACUAAUGAACACGAAUCUGGAUCAAGGAGAGGUUCUUAAAGAUACUUCAGCAGGUCCUUCUAUGCAAGAAGUGGCAGUUGACGAAUCAGGCGAACAGCCCUUUCUAAGUACUUGUACUUCAGAAAUCAUUCAGAUGAGCAACAUAACAGAAAAUGAUAACUAUUUGCAAGAUAUGGUUUCCUCUGGAAACAUUGUACCAUUCCACGAAAACUUCUUACCACUGGUUACACAGCCUGUUGUAAUAGAAUUUCCAGGUUUAUCAUUAAGAACAGUGCAGAAGAAAACUUUUAUAAUAAAAAACGAGACUUCGAUUCCAACUAAUUAUUGGCUUCGUAUAAAGAACUUUUAUCCGAUCAUGUGUUCGUGUAAAUGGAAGUCGCAAGAAGAUCGGAUCAGGUUCAUUUAUAAACGAGUUUUUAGUCGGCGCAAGAAAUUAAUAGAAGACGCAUUGUGCAAGGUAAAACAACCUGGAUCAGGUAUUGUAGUCUAUGUUGAUCCCUUAAAUUCAGAUAUUGGUCCUUUCAAAGCCAUGCCUGUGGACAUUUAUGUUUUUGCUGAUACAUGGGGUUAUUAUGUAGAUGAAUUAGAAAUAAAUAUUGCUGGUUUACCACAGUAUACUAUAGGGAUAUGUGUACAAGUUGUUGGAUCACCAAUAUCAUUGUCAAUUUCUGAUAGAAAUGAAUCUAAUAUACCUACUAUUAGAUAUGGAAUGGUAGCUGUAGGUAGUCGCCUAUAUGAGAGAAAGAUAUCAUUGACAAAUACAAGUGUGGUGCCUAUAAUUAUUGACUGGCAUACAUUUGUAGUCAAACCAGUUCUAGAAUCAAUGCCUUUUAACGUAGCAUUUAGUUUUCAUACACCAUUUACUGACGAAUUGGCAUCAAAAUUAAGAAAUACUAAGCAGAAGACUAAUAGUGAAAUACACUUAGAAAAACAUUAUCCAUACUCAAAAGGCUUACAUACAUGUAAUUCUAGUGAAUUCAGCAACACUAGUGAUAUUACAACAUCUAGUUACAUGGAAUCCUCACACAUGACCUCAUCCUGGAUGUGUAAUGAUGAAAUUUCCAAACAGUAUACCACCAGUAGCUCCAAUAGAUGUUCAAAAAGUGAAAGUAAAUAUACAAAAGAUGAGAUAUGCUUUAAUGCAAAUAAUGUAGCAGAGAAGAAAGACAUUGAAAUAAAAAUUUCGAUACUUCCUUACUAUGGUUUAAUUGAUACAAGAAUAUGCACGGUGAAUAAACAUUUAGAUCUUGUUACCCCUAGAGAAAUGUUCAUCCUACCCAAAAGUAAUACCUCCCUAAUUAUUGAUAUACAACUUGAAAGAUACAAAGCUAUGAUGGAAACAAAUGAAAGUAUCGAAGGAGAAUUUUUUUGCAAAAUUCUUGGAUUUCUACGAGUUGCUCCAAAUGAUAUGUACAGAGAUAAUUAUUAUGCUAGACUGAGUGGCAAUUAUUUUUCUCCUGUAGAAAUUGAUGUUACUGCAAAUAUUACUAAAUCUACAUUGGAUUUUAAUAUUUCUAAAUUUGAUAGAACAUUUAUAUGUUGCGCCAGUAAAGUAAUACGAAGUCGAAGGAAAAGAUUAGAACUAACUAAAACAUUAUUUUUGUACAACACUAAAAACAAGCUAAUAGAGAUAACUUUAGAAACAUAUGAACCAUUUUAUAUCAAAUCUACAUCAGUUUAUGGAGAAGCAGAUCUAUCUAAAUCUGGAAUUAUAUGCAUAAAUCCAAAUGGAUAUAUUGAAGUAAAAAUAGCAUGUAUUGUACAAGAGAAAUUAAUUCAAACUAUAAUGAAUACAAGUUCAGAUCAAGAUUUCCAUAAUCCAAAGAUCACAAUAAGAGAACCAUUACACAUUAUACAUUCUGAUAAACGAUAUCAAGACUUGGAAUUAAUUCUACAAAUAUGGUUACCAGUGUUAAAAUUAUCAUCAUACACAUUAGAUUUUGGUCUUGUUUACAUAGGUGAUGCAAAGAAACUAUCAUUAACUAUCAGAAACUUAUCAAUAUGCAGUGUAAAUUGUAAAAUAAAUAAAAAGUCCAAGACCAAAGAAUUUAUGACUGAUAAAAGGCAUGGAACAUUGUCAAGUCAAUAUAACUACCAAGGCUGUUAUUUCACAAUCACGGUUGCUUUCCAACCAAAGUAA